AUGCAAAAGCUCAUGGCACUUUGUGCUGAUAACAAACACCACCGUUAUGAAGAGGGACUGACUACCAAGUCCGAACUGUGCAAACAGAGACUGAAAGGUGAUGUCACAGGGAUACAGAUGAUUGAUGGCAGACUGACCAGGCAACAUUUCUACCCCAUUCUGAGGUCUCUCACUAGGGAAGAAAAGAAGUAUGUGAAUCGAUACUGGAAAGAAAUCCGAGUGGGCGACUUUGUCCGUCUUUGCUGCAAUGAAAUCAUACCUGCGGACAUUUUGCUGCUGUCAUCCAGUGACCCUGAUGGGUUGUGCCACAUCGAGACUGCUAACCUGGAUGGAGAGACCAACCUGAAGCGGCGGCAAGUGGUCCGUGGCUUCUCGGAGCUUGUUUCUGAAUUCAAUCCUCUGACGUUCACCAGUGUAAUCGAGUGUGAGAAGCCAAACAAUGACCUCAGUAGGUUUCGUGGCUAUAUCAUGCACAGCAAUGGGGAGAAGGCUGGGCUGCAUAAGGAAAACUUGCUGCUUCGUGGGUGCACCAUCAGAAACACAGAAGCUGUGGCUGGAAUUGUCAUCUACGCAGGACAUGAAACCAAAGCCCUGCUGAACAAUAGUGGGCCCCGCUACAAGCGCAGCCAGCUUGAAAGGCAGAUGAACUGCGAUGUCCUCUGGUGUGUCCUUCUCCUCGUUUGUAUAUCUCUAUUUUCAGCGGUUGGGCAUGGAUUGUGGGUUCGGCGCUAUCAAGAGAAAAAAGCAUUAUUUGAUGUUCCCGAGUCUGAUGGCAGCUCUUUAUCCCCAGCCACAGCUGCAGUUUACUCAUUUUUUACGAUGAUAAUAGUUUUGCAGGUUUUGAUUCCAAUUUCCUUAUAUGUUUCCAUUGAAAUUGUUAAAGUGUGCCAAGUAUACUUCAUUAACCAAGAUAUAGAGCUCUAUGAUGAAGAGACAGAUUCACAGCUGCAGUGCCGAGCUCUGAACAUAACAGAAGACUUAGGGCAGAUAAAAUACAUCUUCUCAGACAAAACAGGCACAUUAACUGAGAACAAGAUGGUCUUUCGAAGAUGCACUGUGUCCGGCAUAGAAUAUUCUCACGAUGCCAAUGCUCAGCGACUGGCCAGGUAUCAAGAGGUGGACUCAGAAGAGGAGGAAGUGGUGUCCAAGGUGGGCACAAUAUCCCACCGUGGCAGCACUGGGAGCCAUCAGAGCAUCUGGAUGACUCAUAAGACCCAAAGUAUCAAGUCCCACCGGCGCACAGGCAGUCGGGCUGAGGCCAAGAGAGCCAGCAUGCUGUCUAAGCACACUGCCUUCAGCAGCCCCAUGGAGAAAGACAUUACACCUGACCCCAAGCUGUUGGAGAAGGUGAGCGAGUGUGACCGAUUCCUCGCCAUUGCAAGGCACCAGGAACACCCUCUGGCCCAUCUCUCACCCGAGCUGUCUGAUGUUUUUGAUUUCUUCAUCGCACUCACCAUCUGCAAUACAGUAGUUGUCACCUCUCCAGACCAACCACGACAAAAGGUGAGGGUGAGGUUUGAGCUGAAGUCCCCAGUAAAGACCAUAGAAGAUUUCCUUCGGAGGUUCACGCCCAGCCGCCUGGCUUCUGGCUGCAGCAGUAUCGGGAACCUGAGCACCAGUAAAUCCAGCCACAAAUCUGGAUCAGCCUUUCUGCCCAGCCUGUCUCAGGACAGCAUGCUUCUUGGGCUGGAGGAGAAGCUAGGUCAAACAGCACCGUCCAUUGCCAGCAAUGGCUAUGCCAGCCAGGCAGGCCAGGAGGAAAGCUGGGCCUCAGAGUGUACUACAGACCAGAAGUGUCCAGAGGAGCAGAAGGAGCAGCAGGAGGGGGAGCUGCGAUAUGAGGCUGAGAGCCCAGAUGAGGCUGCACUGGUGUAUGCAGCCAGAGCCUAUAACUGUGCCCUGGUGGACCGGCUUCACGACCAGGUGUCUGUGGAGUUGCCAUACCUAGGCAGGCUCACCUUCGAGCUGCUGCACACACUUGGCUUCGACUCCAUCCGCAAGAGGAUGUCAGUGGUGAUCCGCCACCCGCUGACUGACGAGAUCAAUGUAUACACCAAGGGAGCCGAUUCAGUGGUCAUGGAUCUUCUGCUGCCCUGCUCCUCAGAUGACGCCAGAGGAAGGCAUCAGAAAAAGAUCCGGAGUAAAACACAGAAUUACCUCAAUCAUUAUGCAGUAGAAGGCCUGCGCACCCUGUGCAUUGCCAAGAGGGUUCUGAGCAAAGAGGAGUAUGCCUGCUGGUUGCAGAGCCACAUAGAAGCCGAGGCGUCUGUGGAGAGCCGUGAGGAGCUCCUCUUCCAGUCUGCCGUUCGCCUGGAGACGAACUUGCACCUGCUGGGUGCCACGGGGAUAGAAGACCGUCUUCAGGAAGGAGUACCUGAAACCAUUGCCAAAUUACGACAAGCUGGCCUGCAGAUUUGGGUUCUCACAGGUGACAAACAGGAAACAGCCAUUAACAUUGCAUAUGCCUGCAAACUGCUGGAUCAUGGUGAAGAGGUCAUCACACUGAAUGCUGACUCUCAGGAAGCAUGUGCAGCCCUGCUGGACCAGUGCCUCAGUUAUGUGCAAUCCAGAAACCCUAGAAGUACCCUUCAGAACUCUGAAAGCAACUUGAGUGUGGGGUUCUCUUUCAACCCAGUCUCCACAUCCGCUGACGCCAGCCCCAGCCCAAGCCUUGUGAUUGAUGGAAGAAGUCUGGCCUAUGCCCUCGAGAAAAGCCUGGAGGACAAAUUUCUUUUCCUUGCCAAGCAGUGUCGCUCAGUCCUCUGCUGCCGAUCGACCCCUUUGCAGAAGAGCAUGGUGGUGAAGCUUGUCAGAAGCAAGCUCAAGGCCAUGACCUUGGCCAUAGGUGAUGGGGCCAAUGAUGUCAGCAUGAUCCAGGUGGCAGAUGUAGGUGUUGGGAUCUCAGGCCAGGAGGGCAUGCAGGCUGUGAUGGCAAGUGACUUUGCAGUGCCAAGAUUCCGAUACCUGGAGAGACUUUUAAUCGUCCAUGGACACUGGUGCUACUCCAGACUGGCCAAUAUGGUGCUGUAUUUCUUCUACAAAAACACAAUGUUUGUGGGUCUCUUGUUUUGGUUCCAGUUUUACUGUGGCUUUUCUGCAUCGGCCAUGAUUGAUCAGUGGUAUCUGAUUUUCUUUAAUCUGCUCUUCUCAUCACUUCCCCAGCUGGUGACUGGGGUGCUGGAUAAAGAUGUUCCAGCUGACAUGUUACUGAGAAAGCCACAGCUUUACAAGAGUGGCCAAAACAUGGAGGAAUACAGACCACGAGCAUUCUGGUUAAACAUGGUGGAUGCUGCCUUCCAAAGCCUGGUAUGCUUUUUCAUUCCCUACCUGGCCUACUAUGACUCCAAUGUGGAUGUCUUUACCUGGGGGACCCCUGUCACAGCAAUAGCACUGUUCACCUUCCUGCUGCACCUGGGUAUUGAAACCAAAACAUGGACCUGGCUCAACUGGUUAGCCUGUGGUUUCAGUACCUUUUUGUUUUUCUCCGUGGCUCUGAUCUACAACACUUCCUGUGCCACAUGCUACCCUCCAUCUAACCCUUACUGGACCAUGCAGACAUUACUGGGUGACCCUCUGUUCUACUUGACUUGUCUCAUCGCACCUAUUGCUGCAUUGUUGCCCAGAUUGUUUUUCAAAGCCCUCCAGGGGAGUCUUUUCCCCACCCAACUCCAGCUAGGACGCCAGUUGGCCAAGAAACCCCUCAACAAAUUCAGUGAUCCCAAAGAGACUCUUGCUCAGGGACAACCACCUGGACACUCAGAAACCGAGCUUUCAGAAAGGAAGACCAUGGGACCUUUUGAGACUCUCCCUAGAGACUGUGCCUCUCAAGCUUCCCAGUUCACACAGCAGCUGACCUGUUCCCCAGAGGCCAGCGGGGAACCCAGUGCAGUGGAUACAAACAUGCCAUUAAGAGAGAACACCUUGCUGGAAGGACUUGGCUCUCAGGCCUCAGGGUCCUCCAUGCCCAGAGAGGCUAUUUCAGAAGUAUGUCCUGGGGAUUCUAAGAGACAAUCUACCAGUGCUAGUCAGACGGCCCGUUUGUCGUCACUCUUCCAUCUGCCCAGCUUUGGCUCACUAAACUUGAUCUCCUCGCUGUCACUGGCCAGUGGGCUGGGAAGUGUCUUGCAAAUGUCUGGAAAUAGUUUACAGAUGGAUAAGCAGGAUGGUGAGUUUCUAUCCAACCCACCACAGCCAGAGCAGGACCUGCACAGCUUACAAGGACAAGUCACAGGCUACUUAUAGUAUCACCUCCAAAGGGCCACAGGCAAUUGUGGUGACAAAGAAAUCCUUGAAAUGGCCUUUUUAUUAUUAUGUAACAAAUGUUAAUUUUAUUUAUGUUUAUUAUUUGCACAGAAGAGUUCUAGAAAGAUGUAUUUUUUAAAUGUUUCCAAGACAUAUAUAGGAAGCCAGAGGUACCAAAAAGAAAGUUUAUUUUUUAAAAGUUCUAAGUAGAGUAUACUUAAGAAAAAUAAGAACACAUAUCUUUAUCUAUCUAUAUAUAAAGUUUAAAGAAGAGUGACACUUGAAAA